AUGCCUGAGAAACCGCAGCUUGGCAAGUUACAAAUGUUUGAAACUCUUAUGUUAAAGCCAUCAGCGUCACCUGCUAGGAGAGGUGGUAUCAAAGCGUCGCCAACACCAGCUACCGCCUCAUCGGACAUCGACGCCCAUGUAGAUGCUCCUGCGAUACCAGUACCGCAAGCUAGACCACAUCAGAGUUCUCAUUCAAAAGAAAUGAAGAACAGCAGCACCUGUAGCAAAUUAGAUGAAAUGCUUCGCAAACAAAAAAGCAAUUUUAAGGCUUUUUCACGAACGAUCACUAACAUCGACUUCAACAACAUCUCUGAAAAAUGGGAAUUCGAAGACAUUUUAAAGCACAUAGAGUCACGCUGGUCAAAUAUUGACAAUUUGCAUUGGGAGAUCGACAGUGAACUGUACGAAGAAGAUAAAGAAUACGAGCGUUCCUUUAACAUUUACGAGCGGGAAUAUAUCGAAAUCAAGAAAGUUUUAAAUCAAAAAAUGUGGUCAGCAUCUUUUAGAACACAAUCAACACCAACUAUGGACAUACCAUUCUUCCACGGAGAUUAUCAUAAAUGGAAUUCAUUUAAAGAUCUAUUUUUAGAAACGAUUCAUAAAAACCGUUCCAUGUCCAAUGCGCAGAAAAUGCAGUUCUUAAAGAGCAAGGUCAAAGGGGAAGCAGAAAAACUCAUACAGCAUUUAAACGUCAGUACAGAGAACUAUCAAAUUUGUUGGGAUAUUCUGAAUCACAGAUAUAACAACAAAAAGUUAAUAUUCAGCUCUCAUAUCAACAUGUUAUUGAAUUUACCAACAAUGUCACUUCAAACUGCAGCAAUUAUAAAGAAAAUUCACGAUACUGCAAAUGAAUGCUUGAAUGCCAUAAAGUCGCUUGGAGUCGACAUCACUACGUGGGACCCGCUAGUGGUUCAUAUACUCUCUCAAAAACUUGACCAAGAGACACAUAAGGAUUACAUAGAGUCUUUAAAAAACCCGAGAGAAUUACCUACAUUGGCCGAAUUUUUCGAGUUCUUAGAAAUGAAAUUUACCUCACUAGAAGCUUCGAAACGAAAACAAGAUAGUAUUGCGCAAAAAUCAACCUCGCAGUAUUCUUCAUUUAAUACAAAGAAACCGAAUCAGCAAAAUAAUUAUAAUUACAAUAAAUAUUCAACUAACAACGCAUAUCAACCGAACAAACAUAUUUCUAAAUCGUUACUUGUUUCGUCAGCAUUACAAUGCCCCCAAUGCAAAGGGAAACACGGCAUUUUCAACUGUAAAGAAUUUUUAGAAAUGUCAAAUGACAUGAAGUUAAAGACUGUCUAUGGCCUACGACUAUGCACUAACUGUUUAUAUGAUCACAAGGGAAACAAAUGCAUCUCAACAAAGACAUGUAAUAAAUGUACAGAAAUGCAUAACACCUUACUGCAUGACGCAUUCAGUUAUUCUUCACACACAGAAGCCAGCCACUCGGACAGAGUUAACGUAUCACAGCAGAAAGCAGCGGAAAUCCUUCUUGCAACAGCACUAAUAAAAGUAACAGCUGCAGAUGGUACGCAGCACACCAUGCGAGCGCUUAUUGACCAAGGAUCUCAGAUAUCUCUCAUCACCGAGAAUGCAGCGCAGCGACUGCGAUUGACCCGUCGUCGUUGCAAAGGCGUAGUAUAUGGACUAGGUUCUCAAGGAAAUAAUAGCAAGGGUUCUAUACAAAUAACAGCAUCAGCAAUAAACAGCGAAUUCACGUUCAAUACGAAAGUAAUAAUAAUGAAUAGUCUUAUCAGUAAUCUUCCGAAUCGAUCAUUCUCUAAACCAGCGUGGCCGCAUAUAGAGCACAUUCAAUUAGCGGACCCCGAGUUUUAUAUCAGUAAACCGGUAGAUCUGUUACUAGGUGCUGACAUUUAUUCCCUUAUCAUGAUGGGAGGAAUUAUUAAGGGAGAUAACGAAUCCCAGCCCAUUGCGCAACAAACGCAACUUGGUUGGUUAUUAUGCGGUAACGUUAAAACCUAUCAAUGUAACGUGAUAUCAACUAACACAGAAGAUAUACAAAGAUUCUGGUCAAUCGAAGACAUCGUGGAUACUUCUGAAAACACUUCAUUAGAAGCCCAUCAUUGUGUUAAGCAGUAUAAUGAACAAACGACACGUCAAUCAGACGGUCGAUACAUCGUAAGACUCCCUAUGAAACCAGACGCCAUGGAGAAAUUAGGAGAGUCUAAGCAGAGAGCAACAGCACAGUUUCUUCAGUUAGAAAAAAAGCUCACAAGAAACGAAAAAUUAUCACACGAUUACUCAGCCUUCAUUGACGAGUAUAUUACAUUGGGUCAUAUGCAAAAGGUAAACAAAAUUGACGGUAAUCCGAAACCGUCGUAUUAUUUACCGCACCAUUGUGUCAUUCGCCCCGACUCCACUACUACAACGUUGCGAGUCGUUUUCAAUGCGUCAUCACCCACGUCAUCAGGACUUAGUCUUAACGACUUAAUGUAUAGCGGCCCCAAGUUGCAGAAAGAUUUAUUAUCUUUGAUUUUAAAAUGGAGAUUGUACGAGAUCGCAUUUACGGCAGAUAUUGAAAAAAUGUUCAGACAGAUCAAAUUACAUCCUGAAGAUCAAAAUUUACACAAAAUUAUCUGGAGAGAACCGAUCAAACAACAAACUCAAUACUACAGCGAUAAUCGCCCUCUACUUGAAUAUAAAUUAUCAACCGUUACUUACGGUACUAAGGCCGCGCCUUUUCUUGCUAUGAUGACGCUGAAACAACUAGCGAAAGAUGAAGGUCAUAAAUACUCGAUCAGAGCUAAGCAAGCACUAGAAGAACAGUUCUACAUGGAUGACCUGUUGUUUGGGAGUGAUGACAUCAACUCUGCUUUCAAACUGAAAACUGAACUGAUAGCACUUCUCAGUUCAGGUGGAUUUAACCUCCGCAAGUGGUCGUCCAACAGCAAAUUAUUGACGGACCCUGUCUCAAAUCAAACAUCAUUCGACUUCAAGCAUUAUGAAUCAACAAAGGCUCUGGGAUUAAAAUGGAUCCCUCAGGAAGACGUUUUAUCGUUUCAACUCAAUUUAAGCACUCCAUCUAAAUCGCUAACUAAGCGGGUACUUUUGUCGGAAAUAUCCAAAAUAUUCGACCCGUUAGGAUGGCUGUCUCCCGUUACAACUAAGCUGAAACUUUUAUUUCAAACAGUGUGGCUACACGACAUCCAAUGGAAUAACGAACUACCAGAAGAAUUGAAAAGGGAGUGGAAUAUAAUCCGGGAAGAUUUGGAAUAUAUCAACGAGAUAAAGGUACAGAGGUGGUUAAAAAGUCACGAAUACGACACGAUCGAGCUACAUGGGUUUUGUGACGCAUCAACUAAAGCGUACGCCUGUGUUGUUUACUACAAAAUAUAUAAUCAUCAAGAUCAAAAGAGUACCAAUCAUUCAUUUGUUGUCAUCGGAGCAGCGAAAGCAAGACUAGUACCUGUAAAGAAAAAAAUCACAUUGCCACGACUCGAAUUAAUGGCAUGCCUUUUACUAUCAAAGUUAAUGGAUGUUGUUUCACGCACAUUAACUAACUAUAACAUCAAAGUGUUUGGAUGGACGGACUCCACCGCAGCAUUAGGAUGGAUCCAAGGUGACUCUAAUCGAUGGAAGGCAUUUGUAGCAAACAGGGUUGAACAGAUCAAAACAAUUAUGCCUUCAGAAUGCUGGCGCUAUAUAAAAUCACAAGAUAACCCAGCGGACUGUGCUAGUAGAGGAAUCACUGUAAAACAACUACAGCAGCACCCCUUAUGGUGGACUGGACCAUCAUGGUUAACCUCGUUCAAUUCAAAUUAUCAAGAAGAAUGCCCGAUUUACUACACAGAUCAAGAAACAAAACAAUUAACUAAACAUCAAACAGCUGUUGCUAUUACAAACCAACAUUGUAUAAUUAACGAUAUAAUAAGCAGAUACAGCAAUUUCAUUCAUGCAACCAGAGUACUCGCUUGGAUACUACGUGUGGUGUCACGUAACCGAGACUUAUCAAAUAAACAGUUUUAUUUAUCAAUUAAUGAAUUAUUACGAGCAAAACAUAUGAUCAUAAAAUUUUAUCAAAACAUCGAGUUUACGGAGGAAAUUAACUGUAUUUUUAAUCAAGAAAAAAUCAGUUCGAAAAGUAAAAUUCUUAACUUAAAUCCUUUCUUAGAUAAAGAAGGAUUAUUACGAGUAGGAAGUAGAAUCAAGCAUGCACAGAUUGAAGAUGAUAUGAAGACUCCUUUAAUCAUACCUCAUGAAAGUCAUUUAACAAACUUGCUUAUAGACCAAGCGCAUAGACACACAUUUCAUGGUGGCGCGAGGUUAACGCUAUCACGCCUUAGACAGCACUACUGGGUGAUAGGAGGGAACAGAGCAGUUAAGAAGUACAUCCGCAAGUGCGUUAUCUGCAGAAAGCAUAACCCUGAUAAGCAAAACCAACUCAUGGGUGAUUUACCAGCUGCCCGCUGCAAUCCAACUCGGCCGUUUUACAACUGCGGCGUCGACUUCACUGGCUACGUUGACAUCAAGUACAACAAAGGUAGAGGAGCCAAGAUGACCAAAGGGUACAUCGCCGUAUUCGUUUGUAUGGUCACUAAAGCAGUGCAUCUCGAACUUGUCUCCGAUUUAUCAUCGUCAGCAUUUAUAUCAGCACUUCGGCGGAUGGCAGCUAGACGUGGAGCACCGCGCCAUAUAUACUGCGAUAAUGGGACCAACUUUGUAGGCGCCGGUCGCGUCUUACAAAAAGAAUACCUCAACUUGCAACAAUUAUUAGAUGAACAAUUUUAUCGCCAAAUCACUGACAUGAACAUACAAUUUCAUUUUAACGCACCAUCUUGGCCCAGUGCCGGUGGGCUCUGGGAAGCAGCUGUCAAGAGCCUAAAGCAUCACCUUCGGAGAGUUCUUGGAGAGCAAAAACUGACCUACGAGGAAUAUGCUACAUUAUUAGCACAAAUAGAAGCGUGUUUAAACACCAGACCGCUGUGCGCUAUCACGGAAGAUCCCGAUGACAUAAAUUUCCUCACACCGUCUCAUUUCUUGGCAAGUGGCCCGACACUCAGCAUCCUAGAAACCGAACGAGAUGAAAGAACAAGAUGGCAGCUAACUCAAAAAAUCUUCAAUGAUUUAUGGAAGCGUUGGCAAAACGAAUAUCUGUGCCAAUUAUCAGCUCGCAGCAAGUGGCAACAGCCCCAGCAAAAUCAGAAAAUAGGUGAUGUAGUCAUCAUUCAUGACACAAACUUACCGCCCGGCAAAUGGCCCCUUGGCAGAGUCGUUGAUCUACACCCUGGAAAGGAUGGACACGUACGGGUCGUAACUAUCAAGACGAAGAAUGGCACCAUCCAGAGGCCAGUCGUAAAAUUAUCAACGUUACCUAUUAGUAAUUAA